AUGGCGAAUCCGCCCCAGAGCCUGGAACGCAGCGCGCUGGUGCUGCUGUGUAUUUUCCUGGGGACGCUGCGGGAAUCUGGAGCCGGACACGUCCGAUACUCUGUGCUAGAAGAGGUGGACAAAGGCUUCUUCGUGGGCAACAUCUCCAAGGACCUAGGGUUGGAGCCCCGGGAGCUGAUCGACCGCGGAGUCCGCAUCGUCUCCCCGGGGAAGACGCAGCUUUUCGCUCUGAAUCCGCGAGGUGGCAGCUUGAUCACCGCGGGUAGGAUAGACCGGGAGGAGCUCUGUGAAACGGUUUCCUCCUGCUUUUUAAAUAUGGAGAUUCUUGUGGAGGACACCCUGAAGAUUUAUGGAGUGGAGGUAGAAAUAAUGGAUGUUAAUGAUAAUGCUCCCAGCUUUCGGGAAGAGGAAAUAGAGAUAAAAGUCAGUGAGCACGCAGCUCCUGGAUCGAGAUUUCCUCUACCUAACGCUAGGGAUCCAGAUGUGGGAGUGAACUCUCUCCAGAGCUACCAACUCAGCCCCAAUAGUUACUUUUCCUUGCAAAUGAGAGGCGGAACUGAUGGGGCCAAGAAUCCGGAACUGGUGCUGGAGCGAGGUCUGGACCGGGAGAAAGAGGCGGCUCACCUCCUCCUCCUCACAGCCUUAGAUGGAGGCGAUCCCAUCCGCAAGGGCUCAGUUCCCAUUCGCGUGGUGGUCCUGGAUGUAAAUGACCACAUCCCAAAGUUUACUCAGUCUGUGUAUAGAGUGAGUGUUCCUGAAAACCUCAGCUCUGGAACUCGAGUGCUAGUGGUUAAUGCAACGGAUCCAGAUGAGGGUCUCAACGGGGAAGUGAUGUAUUCGUUCCAGAAUACAGAAAGCAAAGCUUCUGAAAUAUUCCAGUUGAAUUCUCAAACUGGCGAAGUUCUAGUACAAGGGCCUCUGGAUUUUGAAAAAUAUAGGUACUAUGAGAUGGAAAUUCAAGGCCAAGAUGGUGGCGGUUUCUUGACCACUGCUAAGAUGUUCGUUACAGUUUUGGAUGUGAAUGAUAAUGCUCCAGAAAUAACUAUCACCUCUUCUAUUGAUUCGGUGUUGGAAAAUUCGCCUCCAGGAACAGUAAUUGCUCUUCUAAAUGUGCAAGAUCAAGAUUCUGGAGAAAAUGGUCAGGUCUCCUGUUUCAUUCCUAACAAUCUCCCUUUUAAGUUAGAAAAAACUUAUGGAAAUUAUUACAAGUUAAUAACAAACAGCGAGCUGGACAGAGAACAAGUCCAGAGCUAUAACAUAACAUUGACAGCCAAAGACCAAGGAAGUCCAUCCCUAUCUACAGAAAUUCACCUCUUACUGAAUGUGGGAGACAAGAACGAUAACCCUCCAGUCUUCACUCACUCUUCUUACUCUACCUAUGUUUCUGAAAACAAUCCUAGAGGAUCCUCCAUUUUCUCAGUGACCGCUCUUGACCCAGAUAGCAAAGAGAAUGCCCAGGUCACUUAUUCUCUCACAGAAGACAUGAUCCAAGGGGCACCUCAGUCCUCCUAUGUAUCUAUCAACUCGGAUACUGGGGUGCUGUAUGCAUUGCGCUCUUUUGACUAUGAGCAGUUCCAAAACCUACAACUGAGAGUGACUGCAUGUGAUAGCGGGGACCCACCACUCAGCAGCAAUGUGUCAGUGAAUCUGUUCAUACUGGACCAGAAUGACAACAUUCCUGAGAUCUUGUAUCCCAUCCUCCCCACUGAUGGUUCCACUGGGGUGGAGUUAGCACCCCGAUCUGCAGAGCCUGGAUACCUGGUGACCAAAGUGGUGGCAGUGGAUAGAGACUCAGGACAGAAUGCUUGGCUGUCCUACCGCCUGCUCAAAACCAGCGAGCCUGGGCUCUUCACCGUGGGGCUGCACACAGGUGAGGUGCGCACUGCCCGGAACCUACUGGACAAAGAUGCACUCAAGCAGAGCCUCGUGGUGGCCGUCCAGGACCAUGGUCAACCUCCUCUCUCAGCCACUGUGACGCUCACAGUGGCAGUGGCUGACAGUAUCCCAGAAGUCCUGGCCGACUUGGGCAGUCUGGAGUCUUCCACCAACCCAGAUGAAUCAGGCCUCACACUCUACCUAGUUGUGGCCAUCACAGCGGUCUCCUGCAUCUUCCUCAUCUUUGUCAUUGUGUUGCUGGCACUCAGACUGAGGCACUGGCAUUCCUCACGUUUGCUCCAGGGAGCAGGCAGCAGGUUAGGGGGCACGCCCGCCUCUCACUUUGUGGGUGUUGAGGGGGUGCAUGCCUUCCUACAGACCUAUUCCCAUGAGGUGUCCCUCACUGCUGACUCUCGGAAGAGCCACUUGAUCUUCCCACAGCCCAACUAUGCAGACACGCUCAUCAGCCAGGAGAGCUGUGAGAAAAGCGAGCCUCUCUUGAUAGCUGAAGACUCAGCUACUGUUUUAGGCAAAUAUGACCCAACAAACAAUCAGGUGAGAUUUAUUCUACUCAAUUGUUAA